GCGGUGCUGGCGCUGCUGCGCUGGGCGCGGGCGGACACGUUCACGUCCAUGCUGAGCAUCCGGCAGGCGCUGGCCACCGAGGCGCAGCUCCUGCGCAGCCUGCGCGCCUACCUGGAGGACGAGGCGCGGCGCCUCGACGACCUGCGACGAUUCUACAGCAAGAUCCAGGCCCUGCACCAAGGAGCGGGCAGCACGGUGGCCAACCCCCUACUGGCCUACGCCCUCAUCAAGAGGCUGCAGUCCGACUGGAUGAAUGUGGUCCACAGCAAGGAGGCCAGCGAGAACACCCAAGCGCUGAAGAGCAGCUACCAGAAACUGGAGGGGCGCCUGCCCCUCUUUGAGGACCUGGAAGGGGCCGCCCAGGCCGUGAUGCGCCUGCAGGACGUCUACGCCCUGAGCGUGACGGCGCUGGCCAAGGGAAGGUUCCAGAGGGCCGGCCAGCCCCACCUUCCCGACAUUUACAGCCCCGGGCACGACUUCUCCCUGUCGGCCGACGACUGCUUCCACAUUGGCAAGCUGGCCUAUGACAUGGAGGACUACUACCACUCCAUCCUGUGGCUGGAGGAAGCGGUCGGCCUCUUCCGCCUCUCCUACGGCGACUGGAACACCGAGGACGAGGGGAGUCUCGAGGAUGCGUUGGACCACCUGGCGUUCGCCUAUUUCAAGGCAGGAAACAUUUCUCAUGCCUUAAGCCUUUCGCAAGAAUUUCUUCACUACGAUCCAAGCAACAAGAGGGUUGCACGGAACAUCCUGAAGUAUAAAAAGCUUUUGAUGGCAAAUCCGGAGGGGGGCAACGAAGCAGGGGCACUGAAGAGACCCAGCGUGACUCACCUGCAGACCAGAGACACUUACGAGGCUUUGUGCCAGACCCUCGGCUGUCAGCCCACCCGCUACCAGCUGCUUCACCUCUCCUGCUCGUACGAGACAAACAGGGACCCGUUCCUGAUCCUGCAGCCCCUGAAAAGGGAGAUCAUGCACCGGCAACCGUACAUCGCCCUCUACCACGACUUCAUCAGCGAUGCCGAAGCGGAGCAGCUCAAGGGGCUGGCUGCGCCCUGGUUGCAGCGGUCGGUGGUGGCCUCGGGAGAAAAGCAACAGAAAGCCGACUACCGGAUCAGCAAGAGUGCCUGGCUGAAAGACACCUUGGAUCCGGUUAUUGUGGCACUCGAUCGACGGAUCGUGGCCCUGACUGGCUUGAACACACAGCCCCCUUACGCAGAAUACCUGCAGGUGGUAAACUACGGACUCGGGGGGCACUACGAGCCCCAUUUCGACCAUGCUACUUCAAGAAAAAGCCCCCUCUACAAGCUGAAAUCCGGAAACCGAAUCGCCACGUUGAUGAUUUAUCUGAGUUCGGUAGAAGCCGGAGGGGCCACUGCUUUCAUCUACGCAAACGUCAGCAUCCCUGCUGUCAAGAACGCUGCUCUCUUUUGGUGGAACCUUCACAAGAACGGGGACGGGGAUGAAGACACCCUCCACGCCGGCUGCCCAGUGCUUGCGGGGGACAAAUGGGUGGCCAACAAGUGGUUCCAUGAACACGGGCAGGAAUUCCGGCGGCCGUGCGGCACCAACCCGGAGGACUAGCGAGCUCGGGGUUCAGGAGCAACCCAAGAGCCAAAUCCGGCAGCCGGCAGGGAAAGCGCCCCUGGAAAAGUGCUCCUUCCCC